AUGAUCGCUACAAUAUCAAACUCAGUAGGACUGUGGGCCGAUCAGUUUUCUAGUCUCCCUCGCGGAAGGCUAGUGAAAGACGUUGCACCAACAUUUACAAACCUUCCAACAACCAGGACGUACUCGGACAAAACUCCCGCCACAACAAUAAUGACCGUCACCGCAGCAGACGGUAACUCUGGAGACCAGGCGACGCUCUCCGUCACCCUGACGACAAACAUUGACAAGUUCGACGUGUCCUCAAAUUCAAUAGCGCCAAAAGCCAGUUGGACGUGGUCGGUGGGAAUCUAUGACGUCAGCGUUGUUGUGAUGGAUCAGUGUGGGAAUUCUGCAUCUUCUACUCUAAAAAUCGUCAUAGAAAACACUGCCCCUGAGAUCUCAAACCUCCCAUCAGCCUCGGACCUAUCAGAGGACAUCACAUCGGAGGCUAAGCUACAGGACCUUGCCGUAACAGAUGUACAAACAUACACAUGCGCCAUUAAUGACGUCACACCAUCAUCCGGAAUAUCGAAGUUUAUUUUGAAGCAGGCGUCGGGCACGACGGUAUAUUCGAUAUAUUCUACGGAAAACCCGGACUUGAAAUAUUCUCUAGUUUCCCAGUACAAGAUAAAUGUCACGUGUACAGAUCUAUACAGUGUGACGUCAUGGGGAGAGUUCACUGUCAACAUUAUUCCGAAUAAACCGCCGGUAUUGGACAAACUGCCAGCAACACAGGCCAUAUCAGCCAAAACCACUGCAACUGGGACAGAGGUCUUCAGCGCCUUGGCAACGGAUCCCGAUUCCAGUCAGAUAUUCUACAACAAAACAUGCUCCCCUAGUCCAUGUCCAUUUGAAAUCUAUGGAGAUGGAAAGAUAAAGGCCAUAGAAGAUCUUUUGUUACACAAAGUUCCAGCUUAUGAUGUGUAUGUUUAUGCUUACGAUGGACGCACGCUUGUUGGACCAGAAACUCUCACUAUCAAUAUAAACGAUAUCAACCACGUUCCUGUUAUCAACAACUUACCCACUUCUACAAUAACUGUACCGGAGAAUACCGUUGUGGGGACCGGUGUCUUCACCGUCAAAGUGACGGACCAGGACCCUACUGACACACACACGUACACGGCUACCUUCAGUCCGGCGGAGGGACAGGCCUACUUCACAGUGGACGCUAACACUGGGGAAAUUUCUGUGAAAAGCAGUCUUGAUUAUGAAACCCUUCGCACACAGAAUAAACUGACGUUUGACGUCACAAUAACGACAAAUGAUGGAAGGGAGAAUUCCAUCUCCAAACAGAUAACAUUCCUGGUCACUGACGUCAACGAACAACAAACUGGCUUUGUUAAAUCGCUGUAUACCAUAGAAACGGGAGAAGGACAGUCGGGGAAUGUCUUGGCCAAUCCAUUUGCUGGUACACAAGUUCUGGAACCCGAUUUCUAUGAUUCUCAAACCUUCACAUUGGACUGUGGAGCCAACCAGGGGAAAUUCCGCAUGGAUUCAAGUACAGGUCAAAUAACCCAAUCGGUGGAAUAUGAUCUAGACUCUGCAGGGAAGGAACAGGAAGUAGUUACUUGCACUGUUAGAGCGACGGACAAGGGCGGACACAGUGUCACAACGCAACUGUCAAUCAUUGUGAAUGAAAUCAAUGACAAUCCACCUGUCCUCGACAAGGGAAGCUACUCGUACUUUGUCUCACAAUGCACACCAGUUGGUUCAGCAAUAGCUCAAGUUAUCACCACAGACAAGGACAUUAAGCCAGAGCACAAAGACGUGACCUUCACCCUUACGCCAGGGGCGGGAUUUCUGGUAGGAAAUGAUGGGAAAAUCCACGUUGGUCAGGAUUUGUGCAAUGUUCCUGUUGGCACGAAAUAUGACCUCACACUAACGGCAGCUAACGCCGAUGGGUUGACGGACACCGCUCCAGUUACCAUUGUUAUCACUGAUCCUACGACCACGACCUCCACUACCUCAACUACCACUACCACAACGACAGCGCCACCUUCGGACGGAACAGGCACUUCAAGGAACGACUUCUUUGAUAACCCAGAAAAUCUGGCCUGGUUUAUCCCUGCUGUACUGCUAGCAGCUCUAUUGAUGUUGCUCUUCAUUUACUUUCUGUACAAGUGUUUUCGUCACCCAGGGUCCUUGUCUCGAGUUUGCUGUAAAAGGAAAACUUCGCCCAGACGAAAAGUAAAAGAACCACAAAAGAUUGAAGGGAAAUAUGAAUGGAAUGUGUGGUCUCAUUCUGACUAUACAGACAACAAGAUAGAGAUGCGCUAACGUUACAUUCAAGUGGAUUAUGCAUUGAAUAAUGCGAGAUUCGUUGGCUAGAGCAUGCUACUGAAAGCAAAAUGGGACGCUUUUUUAAAUUAUCAUUUUUA